CGCCGGUCUGGCAGCGACGUGCGCGCAGGCGCGGCGGGUGGCCGCCGGACGCUCGCCAGGGAGCGGGCGAGAGUGCAGCGCGGUCCUCGUCGUCCAACCGGCCGCCCCCUCCCUUCCCCUCCCCUCCCCUCCCCUCCGGCUCGGUGCAGGCUCCCGCCGGUCGCGGUGCUGGGCGGUAAGGGAGAAAUGUCAGCCACGCUCUGCCUCCUCUCCACGCUCGGCGGCUACGUUCUCUCGGCGGUUCUGCUCUUCAAGUGCCCGACGUUGCUGCACAGCAGGAAGCGUCAGAGCUUCAGGUGCCGGCACAUCUCGCACCGCGGGGGUGCGGGGGAGAACCUGGAAAAUACAAUGGCAGCCUUCAGACAUGCUGUGGAGUUGGGGACAGACAUGCUGGAGCUCGACUGUCACAUGACCAAAGACGAACAAGUAGUGGUGUCACAUGACCACAACCUGCAGCGAACCACGGGGCUGAAUGUGAAUAUUGAGAACCUCAAGUUUUCAGACCUCCCAGUGUACCACUGCAGGCUGCAUGUGUCCUUCAAGAAAGAUUGCUUCUGUGAUGGAGGAGACGACAAACGUAUUCCACUCCUGAAGGAAGUGUUUGAUGCCUUUCCCACGAUGCCCAUCAAUAUCGACAUUAAAGUCAACAACGACCUCCUCAUUCAGAAGGUAUCUGAUUUGGUGAAUGAGUAUAAUCGUCAGCACCUCACUGUCUGGGGCAAUGGCAGUGAAGCUAUUGUGAAGAAAUGCUACAAAAUGAAUCCAAGCAUCCCGAUCCUGUUCAGCCUGCAGCGGGUGCUGCUCCUGCUGGGGCUCUUCUACACGGGCCUCCUGCCAUUCUUUCCCCUGCGAGAGCAGUUCCUGGAGAUCCCCAUGCCCUCCAUCAUUCUGAAGCUGAAGGAGCCGUGCAAGAUAUCCUGGACCCGACGGCUGGUGAUCUGGCUCGCUGACACCUUACUGAUGAGGAAAUGUCUCUUUGAGCAUCUCAAAGCGAGAGGAAUUCAGGUCUACAUCUGGGUUUUGAACGACGAGGAAGACUUCAAGAGAGCCUUUGACUUGGGAGCAACAGGUGUCAUGACAGAUUACCCAACACAGCUGAAGGAGUUCCUGGAGACUUACACCAUCAAAGAGCAGUAGGGCAAGAGGUGGGAGAGGACCAGAGGAGAGGAUCACCUCAGUUCGGGCCGGUCAGUUGAGGUUGUAGCCGGGACUCUCUCCCGACGGAAGUAAGCCUUUGCUGCAGCAACAGAUUGGCUUGAAUCAAUGCGUUUCGUUGUCUUCUGCCUCACGUUCCAGUAGGCUGCAUUCCUUUUGAAAGUUGAAGGUUUGUUUGAAUCAUUACAAUAUAAAUAUUUAAACCACUUUGAGUUAUUUCAAGCCAGAUGUUUGUUGGGAAACAUUUCCCUUGUGUUAACAUCCGUGUAGAUUUAUAUUUCAAAAAAAAAGUUUCUCUUGAACACUUGUGAAACAGCUACAACCUGUGGCGUUAGACCAUUUCACCCACUGUAUGUGCACGGGCACUUUGAAAGAUCACCCCAAUUUUGCCACUCCGCUCUCUUUUCCUUUCCAACUGUUUAUCUGAUUCCUUUUGGAAGAUGGGAUUGAACCUGCUUCCACCGCCUCAGGUGCUGACUUCCAGAUUUCAACAAUGAAAAUGAUGACCAUUUUGGAAUAAAACUUGGGGCCUUCGACCAGCCAGAAGUGAAACUACAGUUUACAGAGGUGGCCUCUGCGGGCUGGGGCAAGAUAUCUUCAGUGGGGGAGGGAGAGGUUUGUGGGCAGGGAUCCUCUUCUGAAACCUGAUUGCAGUGAUAAAGAGGCCAUUCAGCCCAUCGAACCUGUUCUGCCAUUCGAUGUGAUUGCAGUUGCUCUGUUUGUUGGCUGUGGCCCAGCCUGGGUUCCUUGCAUUGACUCCGUCUGGCAAAAGAGUCGUGAUCUGGGGUUGACGGCGAUGGACUCCGCCCUGGUCAGGAGCCUUGAACCCUCUACCCGCAGACGCAUCUCCAACCCCCUCCCCUGGUGUCACACCCUGUCCUCUUGGUGCUGGACACACGCACCAAGGCCAGUGUCCUCUCUAUCCACAUCGAUUCCUUCCAAAAUCCCAAAAGCACCUCUAUCUGGUCUCCCCUGAGCCGUCGGCGUUCUGGGAGGGGGAGCCCGGUUUAAUCCCGUUUGUCCUCUUUGACUCAGGCUGACUAACCUGGCCCGGCUUAGUUGGGAACCAAACCUGGAACUGUGUGCUCACUGGGCCAGCGGUGGGGCUGAGAGUUGGUGGAUCAGGCGCUGGCUGUGUCACUGCCCGUACGUGGUUAUGUUGGCCAGCACAGUGUGCAAGGGUGCCUCUACAGAACGGCUGGGAUCCGUGGUCACCACCAGUGUGGGUUUGUGCCUGAGCUGUUAGCCCACUAACGGACUCCCCACCUUGGGAGUGUCGGACCCUACGAUCAGAUAUUCACAGUGGAUGUUGGCUGUGGGUUUGAAGCCAACCUUUGACCAGUAGAUGGGAAGCGGGGCGAGUCUGUGGGAGGGACUUGGGCUGGGUGGGAUCUCACGGACUUGGCCCCCAAAAAAUGAAGUUAAGCCGAAUCCACAUGUGGAUGGAGAUAACUGGACACACAGAACUAUCUGCUCUCUGCCCGAGUGUGAAUAGAAUUUGUCGUCACUGUUUUUGUUGCCCUUGUUCUAAUUUUAGCAUUAGCUGGUCUUUCACUGUGUUGUCUUUCAGUCAAGUCUACCUGCUGCUAAAAGGACUCGUGGAGAAAACAGGGUUUUUGUUCCACAAUAAUAAAUGUAUCUUGUGUCUAGUCUUGACGCAGGAGAUAAAUGCAUCCUCACCCACUAACCCCAGCAGGAAUAGCCAGCUGGAGCCUGGGCUGGCUACAGUUAAUCAACUUCACUUCAGUGGAACAGCAGAUAAUUAAUGCAUCGUGUUGUAGAUACUGGUAAAUACUGUCCUACUAAAUUGUAUGAUUAAAAUGUUGUGAUUUGUGAGUGUUUAAAUGUUUUUUUUAAUGAAAGAGACUCUUCAUAAUGACACAUA